AUGGCGGGGUCCGUGCACACCUCCGGCCCCUUCAGCGCCUCCUUCGGCGCGUUCUUGCCCUUGGACUUGGCGGCUGCGGGGAGACGGGCGCGGCCGGGGCACUGGUUGUAUGGAGAGGGGCUCUGCAAGGUCGGCUCUGCCUGCGACGGCAAUCGGGACCAUUCCCCGGAGCCAGCCUGGGUGGCCCUGCCUCCUGCUCCGGCUCCAGAGGCAGAGCAUCCCCCCCAAGGCGGCGUGACCAACAAGGAACCCGCAUCCUCCUGUCCAGCCUUCAAAGAGGUUCCAGGCCCUUGUGACCCAGAGGAUCUGCUGGACGGUGUGAUUUUUGGGGCAAAGUACCUGGGCUCCACACAGCUGGUCUCGGAGAGGAACCCCCCGACCAGCGUCCGCAUGGCACAGGCCCAGGAGGCGGUGGACAGGAUCAAGGCACCGGAGGGGGAGUCCCAGCCCAUGACAGAGGUGGAUUUGUUUGUCUCCACGCAGCGGAUCAAGGUGCUCACGGCUGACACGCAGGAGGCCAUGAUGGAUCACUCCCUCCAGACCAUCUCCUACAUUGCUGACAUCGGCUCCCUCGUGGUGCUCAUGGCGCGCCGGAAACUGCCUCGACGGUCAGAGGUGGUGGAGGAAAAGCGGCUCUACAAGAUGAUCUGUCACGUCUUCCAUUCGGCCGAUGCCCAGAUCAUCGCUCAGGCUAUCGGGCAGGCGUUUGGCGUGGCCUACCAGCGCUUCCUGGAGGCCAACAGCAUCGACCCGAGCGAGCUGAGCCCUCGCCAGUACAGCCGUGCCCUCGAGGACCAGGAGCAAUACAAUGCGGAGCUGACCCACUUCUCCCGGCAGGAGAACUGCAAGGACGUCUGCAUCCGGAAGCAGAAGGGGGAGAUCCUGGGCAUCGCCAUCGUGGAGUCGGGCUGGGGCUCCAUCCUGCCCACAGUGGUCAUCGCCAACCUGAUGCACGGGGGCCCUGCAGAGAGGUCGGGCGAGCUGAGCAUCGGGGACCGCCUCAUGUCCGUCAACGGGACGAGCCUGGUGGGGCUGCCCCUCACCACCUGCCAGAGCAUCAUCCGGGAGCUGAAGCACCAGACAGAGGUGGUGCUGAACAUCGUGCACUGUCCCCCUGUCACCACGGCUGUCAUCCGGCGCCCCGACUCCAAGUACCAGCUGGGCUUCUGUGUUGAGAAUGGCGUGAUCUGCAGCCUGAUGCGUGGGGGCAUCGCAGAGAGAGGUGGCAUCCGCGUGGGGCACCGCAUCAUCGAGAUCAAUGGGCAGAGCGUGGUGGCAACGCCCCAUGAGAAGAUCAUCCAGAUCCUCACGCAAGCGGUCAGCGAGGUCCACAUCAAGACCAUGCCAGCCUCCACGUACCGCUUACUGACCGGGCAGGAGCAGCCCAUCUUCCUCUGAGCUGCCAGCCCUGCCCGGUUGUCGCUGCACGUGCCUGGGGCCAGGCAGGAGCGAGCCCGGGGCCAUGAGGGCAGGACAGGCUCUGCCCCCUGCCCCAGCGCCUUCAUCAGAGCCCUCUGAUCCCCAGUGGGGCCUAAUCCUGCACCUCUUUGGUUUUACUCAGGAGACAGUGGGAGACGCUGGGGGCCUGAUACCCAGCUUGAGCAGUGUCAGGGCUUAUGGUGCCACGGUUUGGGCAUCUCCCCCUCCAUUCACCCCUCCCUGCCUCACAGUGCCUGCAUGGUGCCUGUCCUGCUGCUUCACGGGGUCCCUAACCCUGGCCUGGUGCUGGCAGGAGGAGAGGGGACCCUUGUGAAAGGUCGCCCCAUCCAGUCACCACAGAUAGUGCUUUUACACUCACCAAUGGUGCCUUUCCCCAUGGGGGAUGGUGCUGGAAGCACAGCUCCAGGGCUCGCCCUUGCACGGCCCCAGAGCAGCGCUGACCCUGCACGCCAGCGUGUGGGUGCACGCUGGUACCCCCGAGGGAGAGCCAGCAGCUCCCAGAUUCAGCCUUAAGGGCAGGAGCACCCUUGGCACCCACUCAUCCUUCCUGGCUUUGCCAGGGGCCUGUCAGGGGUGCAAAUGAACUCCCUGUUAGACCCGUUGCACCGAGCUGGGAAACUACCUCUGCUUCUCCCUGGUGCUGCCUUGCUCUGCACGCACAGCCCAGCCCCAGCUUGCCAGGGCGCUGGGUCGCAGCCCUUGGGGCUGUCCCUCGCACAGCGAAAGGGAACGCGGCGCUGCCCAAUCCCACAUCCCGGGGAGCCUGGGCUCAGGAGCCCCAAGGACCAGCCCCUGGUGAUGCGGCUUUUCACAAGUGCGUCUCUGGGCCCCUCCGCCCGAGGCAGCGCUGACCUGACUUUGCCUGUGUGCUUGGUUGAUGUAAAAAUAAAAG